AUGGCGAGUCUGGGACCCCGGGAGGAGGAGCAGGAGGGAGGAUGCUGUGCGCGGGCAGCCGCCGUGGCUGCACCGGCUGCUGCUGCUGCGGCUGCCGAGGAGGAAGAGGAGGAGGCUGCGCCCGCGGCGGCGGCGGCGGCGGCGGACGCUGGGCGGGGAGCUGCGGCCGGGGCCCCCCCGCCCCUGGAGGAGACCGCGCGGCCGUGGGAAGAGCAGGCGGCGGCCGCGAUGACUUGGCUGCUGGGGGAGCCGGCGCUGCUGCUGAGCUGCUGCGUCGGGGAUGCGUUGAGCUGGCGGAGGCCACUCCACAGCCUGGUGGGCUUUGUCUGCGCCAACCUGCUGUUCUGGUUUCUUGCACUGACACCCUGGAGAGUAUAUCACCUGAUUUCAGUCAUGAUACUUGGGCGUGUAAUUUUGCAGAUAAUAAAAGAAAUGGUAUUAUCUAGAAUGAAAGGUGCGCAAUUGUGGAGGAGCCUCAGUGAAAGCUGGGAAGUGGUAAAUUCCAAAGCCGAUGAAAAGCCCAGACUCAGCCAGUGUAUUGCAGAAUCAUGGAUGAACUUCAGCUUAUUUCUUCAAGAAAUGACACUCUUUAAGCAGCAGAACCCUGGCAAGUUUUGCCUCCUGGUCUGCAGCGUGUGCACGUUUUUUACAGUCUUAGGAAGUUACAUUCCUGGAGUCAUACUCUCCUACUUUGUAUUACUCUGUGCCUUUUUGUGUCCAUUAUUUAAGUGCAAUGAAUUUGGACAAAGAGUAUACAGCAAGAUCAAGUCAUUUCUGCUGAAACUAGAUUUUGGAAUAGGAGAAUAUAUUAACCAAAAGCGGCGAGAGAGAUCUGAGGCAGAUAAAGAAAAAAGUCACAAAGAUGACAGUGAAUUAGACUUUUCAGCCCUCUGUCCUAAGGUUAGCCUUACAACUGUUGCCAAAGAGCUAUCUGUGUCUGACACAGACAUAUCAGAGGUAUCUUGGACUGAUAAUGGGACCUUCAAUCUAUCUGAAGGAUGUACUCCACAGACGGACACUUCUGAUGAUCUCGACCGACCCAGUGAACAGGAGGAAGCAUUCUCUAGAGAUCUUUCAGAAUUUCCAUCUCUAGAAAAUGGCACGGGAACAAAUGAUGAAGAUGAGUUGAGCCUUGGUUUACCCAUCCAGUACAAGAGAAAAAAAGAGCAGAUGGAUAGUGGCCACAAACAGAGCAAAGAGAGGCAGUCAGCAGUUGGUCUCACCCUUCCUCUGAGCAGUGACCAAACCAUUCACUUGAUGGGUAAUCUUGCUGGUGAUGUCAUUGUAGCUGCAAUGUCUGCUGCCAUCAAAGACCAGUUGCAGCAGGGAGUGCAGAGAGCAUCUUCCCAGCCUGCACCUAGCCCAGGGGAAGACACAGACACAGAAGAAGGUGAUGAUUUUGAACUGCUAGACCAGUCAGAGCUCGAUCAAAUCGAGAGUGAACUGGGACUUACGCAAGACCAGGAUGCAGAACCACAACAAAAGAAAUCUUCAGGCUUCCUUUCAAAUCUGCUGGGAGGCCAUUAACUUGGGAAUCAGAGGUUGCAACAGAGCAGAAAUAAACCACAAAAAAAAUUUAAAACAAACAAAAAGAAAAAAAAAGAAAAUUAUAUGAGCUGUGAGCUUUAACUAUUACUUUAGAUUUGUUGUCCUAUUUUCCCUUCUGCAGUGGAUUAACUGGAUAUAUAUCAGCUGACACUGAAAAUUUAAUGUUUCUGAUCAUUAUACCUUGACUUAUUAGCAUGGAAGCAAAUUCUGUAUCCAUUGUGUUAUCAGAGAGGAAUGUUAGCAGAUUUUUCUUUAAAAGGAAAAGGUAAAAUUUUAGAGUUCUCUAACUCCCCAAGUAUUCUCUAUUCUUUUUAUCAUACUUCAUUUUUCAAGCCUGCAAAGCAGUUUACUGUAGCACAGAAAAGACAGGUGUUGCAAACAUAAUAUAAACAGCUUUAUGCUAUCCUUUCCCCCUAGUAUUUUGAAAGAUUUUAAAAUUUGAUGUUAAAAAAUGUUCCCAUCUUUUUUUCUUUAAGAACUUAGCACUAUCAAAAGGAAUUAAGUAGGAAAAUAAAAUGAUUUUACAUAAGCCAUUAUUUUAAACUCUUUGGAUAGGCUGAUAUGUUUCCAGGUUAUUUCUGCAGUUCUAGGCUUAUAGAUUUGUAAAGUGGCCCGCUCCUAAGUCGACUGCCAUCAAAAAGCAAGUAUUGCUAUGUCAUGCAGAUGCUGAUCAUGAUGUAAACAGACAAUUUCUGUUGUAUUUUGUUUUCUGUUUAUCAAGUGCUUGUGAUGGGGAUUUUGUGAGUGCUGAUGUUGAACAUAAACAGGCCUUCUUCCUACACAGAUAUAGGCUGAAGAUAUAUUUAUCUCCUACAUGAGCUGAUGAAACAGUAGCCCCUAAAACUGUGGAGCUCUCCAGUCUGUGCUGUGGUUUGUGAACGUCAGCAGCCCAGCAGAAUUCUCUAGUCUCAUACCCCUGGUCUGGGUAGUUUUAGGCAAGAGAGCAAUUCACUUCGUUUGGAAAUGUAUUUAUUAGUCAUUUUAAGUCUACACAUGUAAUCUCUUGAUGAUUUGGGUUCUGGAAUAGAUUUUAUCUAUCAAAAUAUUACAAAAACUUUGUGGAUAAUCUUUAAAUAACUAAAUUUGUUAUAAGGGACAUAUUUGUUAUUAAGGAACAAAAAAAGACAUUAAGCCAAUUUAUUAAUGUGAAACUGAGAAGGGUUGAGGGACCAUGUCGGCUAUUACAAUAAAACCUACUAUAGCUGGCAUUUUAAAAGAUGAACAUGGUCACCUGGGACCCUCAGAAAGGAAGGAUAAUCCCAGCAUAUAGGAAGCCUAUUUUUCUCUCCUUUUCUUUUGUUUACCUGCCUUAUCUUCCUAAAGACAAAUUCUAGGUAAUCCUAUGUUUUAAUGUAGUGUACCUUAUUUAUUUUUUUUCUUUCUGAGGUAUUGAAAAUCUAGACUGAAUUUGCCAAAUAUUGUAGGGAGAAAAAUUACAUAAGACUUUUGACAUUUUGUAUUUGUUAUUGCUGUGCUUUUGUGUCUGUAGGUGCCUAGUGGCUGUGUUUACUUGUCCUUUUUGGUACAAAGUGAGUCUGUGCCUUUGUUAUCUUGCCCAUUCUGGAACAAAGGAAAAUUAUUUGUUAGACAAAUUGUGUGGUUUUGGGGAAACAUGUCCUAAUUCCAUUCAAUGAAAGUUUCUGGACAUGAAGAAAUAGUUUCCAGCUUCUUUCUUCAUGUGUGCUUCCUUGUAAAAACAUUUUUGUCCAGGAAGUCCAAACAUAUAAGCCAUUUCAGUUUCUCAGUUGAGAAAAAAAUACAGGUUUUCCCCUCCCCCCUUAGUGUACCUGUAAGACAAUCCAGGUAGUCAUAAAAGUAUAAAGAGGACAAGCCUAACAGAAGAUUGUCAAGAGUUGACCUGUGUGAUGGAUAAACAAUGAAAGGUUAGAGGGUCAGAUAUUUAAAAAUAUAUAAAUUAAAAGGGGCUUAGGGUGGGGUGGGAGUUGGCUUGGUAAAAGGUGUUACCAGGAUUGCAAGUAUAGUAGAUCAGACAUACUAGCUUUCUUUAAACAGUGGCAUUGUAAGCAAGUGUGCACUUUAAUGCUAUUUGCUCAAAAAUAAAUGUGAUUAUACUGUAUCCAACAAAGCAUAACUCUUCUCAAAACAUUAAUUAAACCAAGAAACAUAUAAUGAAAGGA